ACGAGUCCACCAUCCGGGGCAUGUUCUUCGGCCACACUCACGGGGACUCCUGGCAGAUCCUCUACGACCCGGAGGACUACGUGCGGCCUGUAGCAGCGGCCUUCAUCUCCCCCUCAGCGACGACGGGAAGCCAUCGCAACCCGUCCUUCCGCGUGUACACAGUGGACGGCGGCUACAGCGGUGCGACCUGGACAGUGAUGGACGCCCAGACGUACAACAUGAACAUGACGACCGCCAACCUGGAGGGCGGGGUCCCGGAGUACACCCUGAGGUAUGAGGCGCAGGACAGCUACGACCUGCGCUCCCUCACUCCCGCCAGCCUCGACCUCCUCGUCACCCGCUUGGCCUCCGACGACGCUCUCUUCCGCACCUUCCUCAGGAACGUGAACAACUAUUGGGACGAGCCGGCGGAGAUGUGGACGUGCGACCAGGAGUGCCGCAAGGGCCAGCUGUGCGGACUCGUGCGGGGCGACUCCUCCAACGACGAGCCCUGCCAGCGGAUCCAGGACAUCGUCGACGGCGCUUCGAAGUAGGGGCGGGGGGGGGGGGGGGGCCUCCUCUGCCGGGGCUUCGGCAGUUCACUGAUGAUUUCUUUUUGCGAGAACUUUCAAAAAGUUGGUUGGAUAUCUACCAUGAUAAUAAAGUUGAUAAGCAUA